CUUAACGAAGAGAAUCAAGAUCAAAACACAACACAAUAUGGAUGCAUUUUCGUACACUACCAUAGAAUUUGUUUGAAGUGCUUUUGACUCCACAAACGAUAACUUUGAAUAAAUUUGAAGGAGAUUUUGAGCUUUUUUUGACUUAAAUUUCGCCUAAAAAUGCGCUGCGUACCGAACUACUGGUUUAAAAGAGGCGUGAUACCAAAUAAUGAAAAUAGAAGUGUUUAACGUUUAAAAACAAAUACUGGUAUAUCAUGCAUUAAUUGGAAAUAGUAUCAUAAAUGAAGCAAGUAUGUCGAGUAGGGGGUUUGGAAAAUAUCGUCGAGCAAAUUGUCAAACAAAUUUGUCGUUUGAGAAACUUUUAAAGGAGAAUAGCAAUUGCCCCUCUGCAGCCAGGUCCACCGGUACGAUAGGGAAAUGGGGCAUUACUUCAUUUACGUCGAUACGUAAAGCUAAUGGUUUGUUAACAGGUGAUGAAAGCGAAAAGUUAGAGACUACUGUUAACAUUCCAAAACCGAAAAAGUUCUUCAAAAGCCGAAAUAAUGACCAACAAGAUUCUCAGCCGAUUGUCUACACCGGCAAAAGUGAUACUGGUAGCACAAAGCAUGCGAACGAGAGAUCUAAAAAAUCCAAAAAGUUUUUUACAUCAAAAAAUAAUCCGCCACCUGAAAAAGAAGUUCUCUGCCCUAACGCCAAUAACUCAAAAAGAGAUGAAAGUAAACCGCCGAUAGUUAUUAGAAUAUGUCGUGGCAAAUCUCAGCUUUUAAGCGAUUCUGAUGAGUCCGAAAGCACUCCCACGCCCUCCAGUACCCCAUCCACCUCCACCAUUACUUCGCCACGUUCCACAAAAGAUACAACAGCUCGUGUACCGGGUAAUAUUAGAAUUACAAGAUCGGCACGUCGCAGUAUGCAAUCGGAUCCCAAUACCAGUCCAGCUACUGCGGAUACGCCAGGUGACACGUUUUCCGCGCUUUUCACUUCUCCAAAAAAAGAUUUGGAGCUCUCACCUCAGUAUAUCCCCGCCGAGAAAUACGAGCUCGAACGUAAGGCAUUAUAUGACAGUUUACUUCGACCGGAUUCUCCCAAGGAAUCUGCGUCGGUCUCCGAAAAUCUGAAUCCCGACCUACUUCUGCCAGUCGAACCCGAAAAUAAAUCUGAUCCGCCCGAUAAAGUGGACGAGGGCUAUUGUGAUAUUCUGGAGACUGAAACGCAGAGAAUCGAAGAGGAAUGCUUCGACGACAACGUGGACCGUAGCGACAGUAUUGUAACCGAGCAGACUGUAGAAGAACAAUUUCCGGAACCGGUCGAGGAGGUCCCCCCCGAAAUUCCGGUGAACGACGUCGAAGCCGACUUAAGCGCGUUGUUCUCAGAAACGCCCUCCAAAAAACAAAAGGUGGAGGAGGAGUCCAGCGAGUCCGAAAACGAGGAAGUACCCGAACCGCAGCCGAGGCGAACCACCCGAAGUAUGGACAAAUCCAAAUUAUUUCCGCUUGAGAAACACAAAGAUGAGAUUUUCGAUAAGAUUCUGGAGAAGCCGCAACAUUCGGAUCCGUUGCCGUUGGCGCCCGUCAAGCUGGUGAUAUCGAAGAAAAAGGGGAGCAUAUUUAAAAGUAGGUCGAUGAUUGCCGACGGAAGUAAAAAACGGCGAGCGUUGUACAAACAUAAGUGGAGUGAUGAUAAGGAUGCGCCUAAAAAUAAUGAUGAGAAUAAAAGCGAAAAUGUGUCGACGUUUGACGAGUACGGGUUUAGCAAUGAACCUCUGAUGAGGAUUACUCAAGAAGGCAGCGAUGAGGAAUCUGAAGCUGUUACAAGUAUUAAAUGCAUGAAGCAAGACAAAGGAUAUUACACAGUAGUGCGUAACGUGAAGAAGGCGCAUCAAAUUCAAGAAAUUGGCGAAUUUCAAGAGUUCAACGACGACGUGGACUACAUCUUGGACACCCUUCAAGACAACAACCCCAUUAGUACGCGAUGCUUGUCGGCGAUAACCUUAGCAUCAAAAUGUAUGGCUCCCGCGUUUCGAAUGCACGUCAGAGCUCACGGUACCGUUGCGAAGUUCUUUAAAGCCCUUCAUGACGCCACAAAGGAUCAAAGUUUAGGAUUGUGCACUGCAACUGUGAUGUUUGUUUUAAGUCAAGAUCGGCUAAAUAUGGAUCUAGAUCGUGAUUGCUUGGAGUUAAUGCUCAACCUUUUAGAAUCGGACGUAAGCUAUCAACAAGCCUUGGAUGAUUGUGGUUUAAGUACGAUUCAGUUACAAAAAAACAAGCAAAAAGUGCGCGAAUUGUGUGCAGAAAUACAAAGCCAAGGUCAUUCGAAGCAUCUCAACUUGGAAAGCAUUACUGUGGGGCAGUUAGCUAUGGAAACAUUGUUAAGUUUAACAUCGAAGCGGGCGGGCGAAUGGUUUAAGGAGGAGUUACGAGAGUUGGGUGGUUUGGAGCACAUUAUUAAAACAAUAUACGAAUGCUGUCGACAAGUUUCUGAUUACGUUGUCACUUGGACCGAUGCACUUUUGGACAAGUUGAGAAAAAUCGAUAGGUGCAUGCGAGUGCUAGAAAAUGUAACACACAAUAAUGAGGAAAACCAAACCUACAUUUUAAAAUACAAUGAUGGUAUGAUCUUGGAUACACUUGUAAAGCUAUACAGACUAUGUGACUCAGAAGUGCCACUUUAUCCAGUUACUGAUAUAACUGAUAAGGAAUCAACUGGUACUGUUAUUAGGGAAGCUUUACUUGUGACAUUAAAGGUUUUAAUUAAUCUUACGCAUCAUUUCAGCAAACAAUCUAUGGGCAGUGCGCUUAUUGGUGCGCAACCUGGUAUUGUUGAAGCCAGUUUACAUUUACUACUACAAGUACCUCACUAUAUACCUGAGCAAAAGAAAUUUGAGCUGGGAGUAUUAGUUUUAAUGUUAUUGAUUAAUUUGAUACAGGAAAAUAACGCUAAUAAAAAGUUAUUAAUUGAUGCAAAGGCCCCUGCUGAUUUUGAAAGUGCCUUUGCUUGUGAUAAAAGUGCAUUAGAAGCGUUAAUUGAACAGUUUUAUUCGUGGGAAGAAUCCGCUAGAUUCGCAGAGAAGCGAACUGACGCAAUUUUAGAUGGAGAGAAAGAAGAUAAUGAAAGUGUACAGUAUAAAUCUAAUGAAGAGUUUAUUGAAGAAACCGUUGCUAAAUUAUUACAGAAGGCGGGCACGCAUAUGGAGUACACGUUUUUAGCAUCGUAUAUUGUUAUGUUACUUGGAUUUUUAAUUAUGAAUAAUGACGAAUUUCUGCAUAUAGUUAGAGGGUUUCUCAAAGGGCAUAAUUUCUCUAUAAUGGUUGAAAUGUUGAAAAAAUUUUUUAGUUUCAUGAAUUUAACGGCAUCGGCUGGUGCAUCGAGUGUUUGCGCUAUUAAAGCAACGGAAAAAGUUCUGAAGUAUUUAGAAGAAUCUGAUAAACAAAUUUCGAAUAGUGACCUGUCAGAUCUCGGUCAAUUACUUCCGCAGCACACUUAGUUUGGCCACACUUCGGUUCAGGGGUGAUUUUAAAAUAAGUCUCAAAAUUGUUUUUUUUCGCUCUUUUUAACAAUAAAUUGAUUUACAUUUUAAUUAACCACAAAAGUGCAAAUCUUUCACACUUAAUUGUACUAUCCUCAUAGCGAUUAAGAGAAUUUUGUAAAUAAUAGUUUGUAAGUAAUUAGUACUGUAUAUUUCAUCUAUAUAUUCUUUAUUUAUUGUACCAAAUUUUAUUACAAAAACUUCAUUGGAUCAUGUAUUGAUAAUUUUUAAAAGUAAUGACAAUUUUGUUGGAUUGUUUUAACUGUAUAUAAAUUAUGAUAGAUUAUUUUAGAUAUACCAGUGAAUAAAAUUUACACACGAA